AUGGGAAACGUCUUGAAGGUGAUAAAGGGGUGCCUUAUUUUCAUCGACGACAUAAUCAUCUUUUCCGAGACGUGGGAGGAACACCAGCUAAUUUUGAAAGAAGUAUUUAGUCGUAUUCACGCUGCUGGGUUGAAAGUAAAGCGGGAAAAGUGCCAGCUCGCGCAGGAGUCAGUUAAGUUUCUUGGCCAUAUCGUAUCGGCGUGAGGGACUGAGCCGGAUCCAUCGAAGGUCGAGGCGGUGCGAGACUUUGCAACUCCAUCUUCCCUUACCGAUGUUCGUGCAUUCAUCGGUAUGGCAUCUUACUAUCGAAGCUUUAUAAAGAAUUUCACGGGCAGCGCUAUGCGCCCUUGCAUGACAUGACUAAAGGUAGUCAGCCAGAGUUCAACUGGACGCCGUUAGCGGACAAGUCGUUCAAUGAGCUUAAGAACCGCCUGUGUACAGCGCCAAUCCUAUCUUACAACGCCAAUCCUAGGACUUUUCAGUUCCUUUCAUUGUAUAUACGGAUGCCAGCGAUUACGGACUCGGUGCCGUCUUGUCGCAACGAAGAGGUGAUCAUGAAUGUGUGAUCGCGUACGCCAGUCCAACACUGACGCCAGCAGAAAGAAAUUACUCGACGACAGAGAAAGAGUGUUUGGCCAUCGUAUGGACAGUGAACUAUUGGCGGCCAUAUUUGCUCGGUAAAGCGUUCGACAUUGUGACGGACCACCAAAGUUUGACAUGGUUGCAGGGGCUAAAGGAACCUAAAGGCCGUCUUGCUCGGUGGAUACUCGCCUUGCAGGAAUACGAAAAUAAACAUCGGCCGGGGAAACAGCACGACAAUGCAGAUACACUUUCCAGGUUCCCUCGAGGGUCACUCGCUCUUGUUCCGGAUUGGAGCCCCGAUGAGGACCUGAUGGUCGGAGUAGCAGCCACGGAAGUGAAUGCAUCGUGGUCGAAAGAAGAGAUAAUCAAGGCGCAACAGCACGAUCCAAGCAUUUUUUUGGUAGUGCAGAAGCUACGUUGCACUAACACAGCACCAAAGGAAGACGAGGAUGGUUGGAAUGGAAAUGAGAAACUGUAUCCUACAUCAUUGUGUGGAUAA